AUGGUGGCGUCCGCGGUUUUGCCGAUGCUCUACGAGUUCCUCGUAUCGGAGUCGCGCUACGAGGUCCGCGGCAGCGAGUACCGUUCGCGUUUGCGGUCGCUGUUCGAGGAGAUGCUGUCCGCUCAGCUGUCGUAUCCGCCGUUUCCGCUGAUCGGCUGGCGGCAGCCAUGUUUCAAGCCGCUGGAGGACAUGGUAAAUUCGGUGGGUUUCGCCGAUUGCGAGGAUGUGAGGGUGCUGAAGUUGGCUGCGUGCCCUGGCAUCCGCCAGUACGCGUAUCCCGAAAUCCCCGCCUACGCGCGCCUCGAUCCGCAAUAUCUGAAGCAGUGGAACUUCUUCUUCGGCGUGUUCGAUAAGCGGGAGCGCGUAGCCACUCCGAACCGCCCUCGUCGCAUCCGCGCUGGCGAGAGCUCGGGCACGUCGUCCUCAUGCACGGAGAGCGAGGAGGAGGAUUCCUUUUCUGAGAGUGAGGAUUCGGUGACACUGGAGCACCUGGACGCCGUGAUAACCACCGACGACAUCCUGCGGCCUCGCGUGCGCCCCGAUGACGCAAAGCUCUUUCGAUCGGAUAGUGGCCGCUCAUCGGGCGUCGACGAGGGUUCCGUUCAUGACUCCACGUCACGUUGGGGCCGCCAUGUGCCCAUUUAUAUGGACUCUUCCUACAAAAUAGAGCGUGGGGUGAUAGUUUUUGGCGUGAUCAACGACGCGCAUUUGUCGUACGAGUGGUCCUGUAACGGUUCCUAUAACGCCUACGAAUCGGCUCUGCAGAGGUUCACAGAGGACAACAUCGGCGCUCCUGCCUACAACGUGGCAGCGGAGGGCUUUUCGAUUGACGAUUGCACAGAUGGGUCGCUCAACUGCGACACCCAAGCUGCUACCGAUUAUAUGGCGAUGGAGGUUGACGCCCCCGACCAACCGGGGCCCGCCAACGAGGACACUGCCUCACGUGAAGACAACGCAAACAGUUUGUCAAUAGGUGCCACUUGUGAAGAUCUAAAUAAGGCCGCAGAAGCACCAGCACCAGCUACAGAGGGCGCGUUGCAACCUGCAUGCAACGAUAAUGCCGACGUCGUGGCUAAGAAUGUGGAGGAGGCGACUGUCGAUGCUCUUGACGAUGACCGCACCAUGACCUAUGACGGUGACGAUGAUGAGGAUGCGUCUGAGGGUCCAUGCGACGGUGACAGUGGCGUAGAUGGUGGGGAAACCGCUGAGGACGAUUCCUACCUACCCGGCACCUACGACCCCAAAUCCAUAUACGGCAAUUAUUAUUGCGCGCUUCCUCAAGGUCACAAUUCAUCUCAACUCACGUUGGAUGGAGGGGAUUUGGGCGCCGCGUCAGAGCGUGCGUCGGCGGAGUACAAGUCGUACACCCAGGACGCCAUGGAGAUCAUGUCCACCGUGAUAGUGGGCGCUGACGGCGUUCCGCAGCUGAGUUGCGUGGGUACCUUAGGCGAGCGUGACGGCAACACGCAGGAUCCCCGCCUCAAAAAAUACCACAAUCGGCAGGUAACCCUCCAGAACCGCCUGGAGGAUGCCAUCUCGAGCGUCUUCGCGAUUAAGAAUGCGGUGAGUGCUGAGUGCACAACGUGUUCCGGUUGGAGUUUGAACAAUGGCAUAUCGGUCAUAUUCUGCGAGUUUUGCGAGGACCGCAUGUUGGAGGAAUUCGACCCUUCCGUGAUAAACCGUUUGUUCGAGCUCCGACGUCUCCUGGUGUCCGACCUUUACCCCGCCAUUGGGUACAGUUUCGUGGACCCCGACGCCAGUAAGACCCCCAAGGGUGAAGGUUGUGCCAGCUACGUGACCAUCCCCGCCCUCUGCGAGGUGGGAGGCACCUACCCGAAGGCGUCCUUGCGCGACGGGCGCUGUGUGCCCAACACUGCGGACAUCCCUGCGAAGGCGCUGCGCGAGCUGAGCUCUAUCGUGAUGACAAACGCCGAGCUCUCGCCCUACUCCGAGAGCGGCAGCCGCAUUCUGAACCUGUGCGUCGAUCGACGCAGGCAGCGACUGCGUGCCUUCAAUGACUACCUCGAGGCCCUAUGCAAACUCUACGAGACGGCGGUGUCCAACAAACACUAUCCCAUUGUGGUGGAAGAGUUCAACAACGUGUUCAAGAAGGGGAUGAUGCCCUUCAUGAGCAUUAGUCUGAACAACAAGAGCCGGUUUUUCGACGAGGCGACCUCUUCUCUGUUCUGCAGGAUGCCGCUUGACGUUGAUAUGUUGCGGAGGCUGUUUUACCGUCGCGGCAUAUACGGCGAUCGUGAAGGUUCACGUGGGACUAACCUGUUGACCCUGGCAGAGCAGGAUGGCUACCGCCUGCGCACCACCAGCCACACGUUUGUCUACAACUGGCACAUGGUGGCAUUCAAGUUUUGGAGCCGCAAGUCGUCCACUGUUGAACGACCGUGUAAGACUGAGCCGACCAAGCCGGCGUCCCACACCUCGCGUUCCUCGCUCUAUAAGGAGUUCGUCUCCCGAGCUGGCACCUGGGACCGUCUGCCUCGAGAGGUGGUGACGCAUCUGCAAAGUCACGGGAAGUUGGACGUGGGAUUCCCCACCUCCCUCGAGAUGCAUGUGGCCGGCGUGCCGGACGCCGUUCUCGACCCGCUUCUGUUCAUGAAAUGCGGCAUGUCAUUUUUCUACUCGCUGCCGGCGAUCAUUCAAAACAUGUGCGCGCUGUCACAGCACAUUCGGGUCUGCGAGGAGACUGACGGACGCACUAAGCGGAGGGCGCGAGAAAACGCCGCUGGUAAGCCGGUGUGA